AUGGCGGCGGCUGACAUGAUGGUCGUUGUUAUAGCCGUUGUAGUGGAACAGGUUAAUAAUAUCUAUUCGCUUGUUAAUUUCAUGCUUAUUACUCCAGUGUGUUCUGUGACUCUAGCCAUGAAAAUGGCAUCAAUGGACUGUUCCGUUUGGCUAACAGUACUCUUCACAUUUGAUCGCUGCAUUGCGAUAUGUUGUUAUAAGCUGCGAGAGAAAUAUUGUACCGAAAGAACAGCAACCGUGGUUAUAACGACUGCAUGUGUAGUUGGUUGUCUGAGGUGUAUCCCCUUUUAUUUCGUGGUUGAGCCUUACGUUAUAAUCGACAACGUACCGUGGAGCUGCGUGUUAAAAAAGGAAUAUUUGACUUUACCCACGUGGAAAGCCUACGAAUUGUUUGACACUAUAAUAACACCGUCAUUGCCAAUCUGUUUAAUUUUGUUAUUCAAUGCUUUAACUGUAAGGCAUAUUAUCGCGGCAAACAGAAUCCGUCGGGGACUCCGGAGCAACAGCGAUAAUCAGAAGGAUGCGGAGGUGGAGAAUCGGAGAAAGUCAAUGAUUUUACUGUUCGCUCUAUCAGGCAACUUUGUACUUUUGUGGAUGACCUAUGUAGUGCAUUCUGUAAACUGGCAGGUACAAAAUUUUCUUUACACGGACAAAUAUUUGAACACCCCAAUAUACAUCGUUCAACAAGUUGGGUUUAUGUCGCGCUUUCUCAGUACCUGCACCAACACGUGCAUCUAUGGAUUGACCCAGAGGAAGUUCAGGGAGGAGCUGAGGAAUGGAGCGAAAUAUCUGUUCAGUUUUAAUGGAAAACUUUGCUAA